GUGAACUUGCUGCGCUCUUUCUAAAGAGUUACAGUCUUCGCUGAGUAUCAGUCCUGCAUCAGGGUAACCAUGGGAGAGUACAAAAUCCAGGUCUUCACUGGUACAGUUCUUGGCGCUGGCACGUCUAACAAGAUCUACAUCAACUUAAUUGGCUCAAUCUCUGAUAGUGGACCCCAUAAGCUUAAAACGCUAACAGCCUUUUGGCCUGGAUCGAGGCAAACUUUCACAGUCGAAAGCGAAUCAAAUAUAGGCGAGCUCUUACUGGUUGAAGUGGAGCCUAGGCCACGAUCAUUGUUGCCAUACGUUGAUGACGACUGGUUCUGCACCAAAAUCAUUGUAACAACACCUGAAGGAGUCGAUGUGCUUUUCCCAUGUUACUGCUGGAUCAGCAGAGAUGAGAAGCUGAUUCUCAGGCAUUCUAUAGCCAUGCUAAAAACUAAGGACACGGUUCCUCAACUCCUGGCGCACAGACAAGAGAACCUGAAGAAACGGCGCCAAGAGUUCAAGUGGAGUGUAUAUGCUCCGGGAUUACCUCACACUGUGCUCGCUACACUUCCACAUGAGUUGCCAGCUGAGGUCAGAUUCUCUUUCACCAGAGAAAAAGAAUUCCUGUUCACCUCGGGUGCAGCUUUCACAAAGCUGAAACUGGAAAACCCUUUAAACGGCACCUGGGGAAGCUUUGAAGAGAUCAAGAAGAUUCUCUCCAAGAAGCCAAAGACUUACGAAUAUGUGGAGAAGAACUGGAUGACGGAUGAAUUCUUUGCAUACCAGUUUCUAAAUGGUCUGAAUCCCAUGAUCAUCAAGCGCUGCUCACAACUGCCUGAGAAAUUCCCGGUCACCAAUGAAAUGGUCAAAUGUUUUUUACCAGGCACAAGCACGUUGGAAUCAGAAAUGAAGAAGGGAAAUAUCUUCCUCUGUGACUACGAAAGACUGAGAGACCUUGAGGGAAAUCAGAUCUGCAAGAAAAAGCAGUAUCUGGCUGCUCCACUCUGUCUGCUUUUCAGCACUCAGGACAAACUGAUGCCAAUUGCCAUCCAGUUGAACCAGCAGCCUGGACCAGGGAAUCCCAUCUUUCUGCCCUCCGACUCUGAGAAUGAUUGGCUGUUGGCGAAGAUCUUUGUGAGAAAUGCAGAGUUUAAUGAACAUGAGCUGAACUUCCAUCUGCUGCGCGCUCACCUGAUGGGGGAGGUCUUCACUGUGGCAACGAUGCGCAACUUUCCUUUAUGUCAUCCGCUGUUUAAGCUCCUGAUACCUCACACUCGCUUCAAUCUCCAGAUCAACAUCUUGGCCAGGAGACUGCUGAUCUCAGAGACUGGGUACUUCCCUAAGUUCACUGCCAUUGGGAAUAAGUCUAUGACCACUUUCCUGAAAAGAGCAGCCUCUUCUGUGACGUACAGCUCCCUCUGCAUUCCGGAUGAUAUCAAGGAGAGGGGGUUGGAGACGAUUCCCAAUAACUACUACAGAGAUGAUGGUCUGGAGCUGUGGGACAUCAUUUACAAGUUUGUGUCUGGAUUUGUGUCGCAUUACUACAGAGAUCAAGACGUCAAGGAUGACAACGAGCUGCACUCAUGGCUCACUGAGAUAAGAGAAAACGGCUUCCUGGAACGCAGUGAAGCUGGAUUUCCCAAGUCUUUCUGCACCGUCAAAGAGCUGGUGAAGUUCGUCACCAUGGUGAUCUUCACGGUGUCUGGCCAACAUGCUGCGGUCAACAGCAGCCAGUUUGAAUUCGGGGGAUUUAUGCCCAACUUUCCAAGCUCUCUCCGAUGUCCACCACCCCGUCAAAAAGGAGAAACCACCAUGGACUCUGUUCUUGAGACCUUACCUGACAUCAACACCACGAUUAACACCGUUGCUAUUGUGUACUUGCUGAGCCAGGAGUCUGCUGAUCGGUAUCCGCUUGGACAUUACCCCGAGGAGCUGUUCAGUGAGGAGGUGCCGCUGAAACUGAUAGCACAGUUCAAAAAUGCUCUGCAAGAUCUUGAGAUGAAAAUCGAUAACAGGAACAAGAAGCUUGCUCUGCCGUACACAUACCUGAAUCCACCGAAUGUGGAUAACAGUGUUGCCAUUUAGAAUGAGGGUCUUUGAUUUGACCAUGUGUUUCUCUGUAGGCCUUAAACACACCUGUCUGUUUAUUGUGCAGUGCCUUAAUACUGUCAGUCCACUUAACAUGAGAAAAGCAGGCCAUGAAAAGCUAUAAACUACUUAAACUAUGAAAUCUAACCUUGUACAAGAAAAAAACUUAUCAAGAAAUAAAUCAUUUUCUCAAAUUUGUGUGAGCCACAAUUGUUAGACCCAUUCAUUAAGUGGUUUGUCAUUUAGUGGUUUGUCUGAAUCCUUCAGAUUCAGAGAUCCAUGCUUGCAGACUCUCCUUUUUAGCUUAUUCCACAGGUUUUCAAUGGGGUUUAGGUCAGAGGACUGGGAUGGUCAUGGUACAAGAUUGAUUCUGUGGUCAGUGAACUAUGUUUGUUCUGAUAUUGGGAUGAGGAUCAAGGUUUUGAUGGAAAAUCUGUCUGAGGUAGUCAGGAAGGCCACUCAAACCACCCUCCUCAGCGUGCAUAGGGUCAGUAUAGACACAUGUCCUUUCCCCAGCAGAUCUCCAUGUCCACUUGCUUUAAAUUUCUUUAUUGGCCUGAUAGCAGAAACAGGCAUUUUCAGCUCUUUAUCUAUUUUCUUGUAGCCAUUUCCUGAAUUAUGCACUUCGCCAAGCUUUUGUUGUGUAUCAUUACUGUUUCAUUCUCAUAGUGAUGGAUAACAGAGACCUGUGUGUCACCUACUGUUUAUACCCCUGUGAAACAGGAAAUGAAAAUGUUAACAUGUUCUGUUACACAUCGACAAUAAAUUCAUCAGAAAAAAAGCUGACCUUAA